CGGCGGCCAAGUUGGUGUCGCAAGCUAAUCCUGAGGGAGUUGAACACUUUUCUUAUGUAAACACUUUCUUUUGUUCCAAUAAAUUUGUAUGCCUGCUGGACACAUGAGUGAAAACAUUCUUUGCAACUCCUUUUUUCAGGUUUCAAGUGCAGCGACGACAAGUUUACAUGCAAUAAUGGCGAAUGUGUCAAGAAGAAUCUGUUAUGUGAUAGCGACUUUGCGUGUAAAGAUGGUUCAGAUGAGGACAACUGUGAAUGCCCUUCCAGCAUGUUCAACUGUAAAGAGGGAGGAUGCCUCCUGGCAACAUCCGUGUGCGAUGGAACAAAUGACUGUUCCAAUGAAGACGACGAAAAAAAUUGCCGGAAUCGGUGCAGCUCUAGAUAUCAGUGUGUUGAUGGGUCUUGCAUUUCGUGGUCAAAAACAUGUACUCAGACAGCUUUCUGCAGGGACGGAACUAAUACGCCUUCUGUAUGUGGCUCUGGCAAAUGCCAUCUAGAUGAUUUAGCAUGUACCUCUAAAAAUACAAGCGUGCAAAAAAGAUGUAGAUCUUUCAGAGGUCAUUGUAAUUUCGAAAGUGGACUUUGUGGACUGAAAGCUGAUAAGAAUGCCACGUUCCACUGGACUGUGGGCUCAGGCCAGACGCCAACGGAAAGUACUGGACCGAGUUACGAUCACACGUCGCUUAAUAAGGAUGGCUCUUACAUUUUCAUUGAAGCUUCUAAAAGAAACCCAGGAGAAAAGGCGAGGUUGUUAAGUGGCUGGAUAGAAGCCAAUGAAACAGUUUGUGUUCAGUUUUGGUAUCACAUGCACGGCUCAGAUAUCGGAAAUCUAAACAUUUAUGUCAAAACUAACCAAUCAGAAACUCCCGUCUGGAGGCUGUCAGGAGAUCAAGGAAACCGCUGGAGAUUUGGACAGACUGCCCUGAAUAGUCCAAGUUUAUAUAAAUUUGUACUAGAAGGAACAGUUGGUGAUGGAAGUAAAGGUGAUGUUGCAGUUGAUGAUUUGACGAUAUUGGACGGAAUUUGUGAAACGAUUAUAAAACAAACAAGGCCAGACUGUUAUUUUGAAGAAAAUAUGUGCGACUGGAAAGCAGACGAGGAAUGGGUCCUUCGUUCUUAUCAGGCGGGAUUAGGGAAACGGGGUGGAUACGUUUCCCUUCCAGCGGGAGCGUCUGAUUCAGCUUCUUUUCUCUCGUCUCCUGUCUUCAAUACCCAUAAUUACGAAUGGAAGUGCUUACGUUUCUGGUACUUGAUCCGUGUCCAUGAUCACAUUGAUGCAGGCUGGUUUAAGGCAACGUUAAUAGUGAUACUAGAUGAAAAGACUACGAACCAGACUCGGCUGCUACUCUUUACGAAUAAAGUGACACAUUCAGUGCGAUAUAUACAGAUGCCUUUACCAGGGAAUUUUACUAACGUACAGAUCCGUUUUGUGGGUGCGAGCAAAUUUUCUUUGGGACCAUCUCUCGCCAUCGACGACGUUUCGUUCUCCAAACAGCCUUGCCAACAAAUUCCUGUGAAUCCUGGUAAAGCAUGUCAAGAAGCUCUCGGCAUGGAAAACGGUGCAAUCCUUGACGGACAAAUUACUGCUUCUACGCAAUGGGAUGAACAUCAUGCUCCCUUCCAGGGCAGACUACACUUCAAAAAGUCUGGAGAUAAGCAGGGAUCCUGGUCAGCUGCCAGAAGUGAUGCUUACCAGUGGCUGCAGAUUGACCUGGUCAGUCAGUACAAUGAAGUGACAGGUGUAGCAACGCAGGGAAGGAAUGCUUUCAAGUAUCAGUAUAUAACCAAGUACAGACUGCAGUACAGUAGCGAUGGAGUGAACUUCCAGUACUACAGGGAAGGAGGAGAAACUGCAGAUAAGGAAUUUGAUGGAAACACAGACGAGAACACUGUUGUAUAUCAUGAACUAAUUCCGGCAAUCAGGACACGGUAUAUUCGUUUUCGACCAGUAGCAUGGUAUGGUGCCAUAUCCAUGAGGGUGGAGCUGUAUGGUUGUAAAGAUGUUGGUCCUUGUGAUAUAUCUGUGGACUGGUGUGGAUGGAAAAGCGUCCACGGUUGGAAGAGAAUAAAAUACCAAGAGCUUGAUCAGGAGUAUCAGGAUCAUGGCGGUGCUGAUGGUAGCGAUAAUGAUGAUGACGAAAAUGAUAAAGGUGAUGCUGGUGACUCUGAUGGGCGUGGAAUCAUUGACCGAGGUAACUAUGAAAUCCACCUUCCCAACGUCGACCUCGGCUACGUGUCAUUCUCUGACGUCUCACCUCUUCACGUGGGUUUCACUCUCUGUUUCUGGUUGAAGACAGAAUACAAUGGCUUCUUCAUUGAAUACAAAAUCGCAACUGAACAAAAUGAAACAUUGGUGCUGGCAGUCUAUUGUCGUAACAAUACUUUUGUAUUUAAGCUGGAGAAUACCAAAAGGAAAAUUCCAAUGGGCGUGACAGAUAACACGUGGCACCACGUGUGCGUAUUAUGGGAAAUUCGUGACGAGCAAGUGGAGGUUUUUAAAGAUGGCGAAAGAACAUAUGUGUCAACUGGAUUUCAGUCUAGCUCCCAACAUAUAGGAAUUGAAGGAGGUGGAACCAUGACAAUUGGUUUCAGAGAGUCCAACGGAAAUGCGUCAGCUGUUCUCGGUCUGUUGACUGGGUUCAAUCUGUGGAGUUACGCAAUGACACCAGGAGAAAUACUGCGCAUGUCACAUGGAUGUGGUACUGAAGCAGGUGACGUGAAAGCCUGGGAAACAGUAAGAAAUGGGCUGCAGAAAGAAGUGGCGGUGGUGCGGCCUCGGACUUGCAAAGAUAGGAAAGGCAAGUGAACUAGAGAAUGAAGGUGAUAAAGGACUGAUAAAACAGCCUUCUUCUCUACGCAUGAAACAGCCAGAUAAUGUGGGAUAAAAAAGUGGCAUUUUCUCGUGAAAACAUCCCACAAUGCCUCUGCACGCUAGUUUCCACAAUAGCGGAAUUUUAUUACGGGCUCCUGAAGCUACUACGCUUAUUUUAAUUAAGUAAUUCAUUCAUGAUUCAUUUAUUCAUUCAUU